AUGGCAACUUUCCCUACGUUUCAGGUGACAGAAGGCGAAUGGACAUCACCAAAACAGUGGAAAGUUUUGGGCGUGAAAAUUCCACACUUUUUCUCUAAAGAUCCAGCGAGGCUAGCCGACUAUAUUACCAAGUUCGAGACUCGACCAGAGGAUGUUUUCGUGGUGACUUAUCCUAAGUCAGGUUGGUUCCUCUUUUGAUGCCAUCAUUUUGUAAAUCAGUUAUUUUAAGAAAAUUAGGUGCUCCUGUCACGACAACGUUCAAUACAAUUUGCUGGCCCAUGCACAUUACGUUGAGUCCUUUAUUUCUUUUAACCUUGCAUCCUGUGAUGAAACGCACUGAAACGUUUCGUUUCUAGAAGAUUUGACCCCGCAUCAGUUUGUUUCCAAGUUCUUUGUAAAGGCAGGCUAAAAAGAACUGACAGAACGCUCAAAACAGUUGCGUACACACGCUACGAUUGUCUUCUAACUGACGGCAUAAUUUCUCUAGUCUGCGAAAUUGGUACUUUGCUUUGCUCUUUCAACGUUUUCAUUUACAUAUAGCGAGCUCAGUCCACACCGAAGCGAUAUAUUGAAACCAUAAUACUGAUCCUAUGUUAUUCAUAGCGAGAGAGAGUAUUUGUUUUGUCCUUGGAGAGCUUUUACACCACUAAUCGACGGAUAGUUGUAGAAGUUUCUUGCUUGUUCUUGGACAUUUUCUGAUUAAUUAAAGGGUCUUAAAGGGGCUGUGUCACGGCAGUCCAGUUCAUUUUGUUUAAUUUUGCCGAUUACUCGCCCUCAAUCGCCAUGGAACUUAAAGUAUGCAAAUAAAUUACAUGCAAAUGACAAAAUCAGAGAUCUGAGACAAACAAAUAUGUCUCCUGAGCAUUAUUUUUGAAGUUGCAAGCAGCAGGGAUCAACUCUGAAAAACUGUUAGGCUUAACAGUUUUCAAAAACCCUAAUUUCAGUCCGUUUCAGUCUUCUUCAGUUUUGCCCAUUCAUGGCAUCUGUUGUUUCGGUUAUGUUAUUUUAACCUUCCUUUAAAGUUUAAGCGGUUAUUUUUGUGUGUCUCUUAAUUUAACGGGCAUUUUGUAAUUUCCUAAUUUGGCUGAAUUUCGUGACACAGCUCCUGUUUAAUGGUCGUGACUAGAAUGGAUACUCCAAAAUCAGGUAUCCGCUCGGAGACUGGAACUGAAUAAAAUUAUUUUUCGGCAAAUCGCUCCGACUCUUUACGACCUUGUUGUGUUGAAAGACUAAGUAUACAAAGACUGAAAAGGCUAAGAUGAGAAUGGUUACUCCAAAAUAUGGAUCAAAGCCUACAUAGAGGUUAGUUGUUUUUCACGUUCUUUGUAAGAAUUUAGUGCAAGGAGCAAACAAUGUCUGUUUAAUUACAGUACCACUACCGCGACUGUCGUGUAAAGCUUAUUCAUAGCAAAGUAUCUGUUUGGAUAGCUCAGAAUAAGGUGGAUACUUCAGAAUAAGAAUGGCCAAAAUAUGGAAGUUUUGGCCAUCUGGAUUAUUAUUACUGAACUUCCCAAUACAAACAUGAUUGUUACGUUUACAAAGAGGGUACAAAUACAGUUAAGGUCAGUUAAUUUUAUGGGUUAGUUGAUUCCAAGUGUUAACAAUAGUAAAAAACACCUAAGGGACCUGUCAUUUAUUAGAGACGGGGGAGGGCUGGUGCAAUUGGGGGAAGGGUCAUUAAAUUUUAUGUAGCCAAAAAGGGGAGGGUCACCAAAAAUUUAAGCUGGGCUUUGGGGAGGGCCAUACCAUUUUUAGCAAACAUUGCUGUUCACUUAAAAUAAAAACAAAUCAACAAAUAAAAUAUAUUAUUUAACAAACAAGUCCCUUGCACAGUAAGCAUUUUAAACUUUCAUAAUGAUCAACCUGAACUACCCAACAACCCUACAUGUACGUCUUUUUCUUGAUUUGUUUUUCAAGAGCAGCACACUGCGAAACAUGUCUUUGCAUUGAUCAAGUUUCUCAUUAAGAUAUUUCAAUUCACUGUUUACUCUUUUUUUAUCUUCAUCAAGCCUUGUAAUAACAGCUUCAUCAAACGAUUUAGAAUACUCUUCUCCUCGUAUAAAAUUACCAGUCUUUGAGUGAAACAGGGUGUUAAGGUGAGCUUUAAUGCGUCUAUCCAUAUCUAAUAUGUUCUCUAGUAACUCACUGAGCUUCAUAAUGUUCGCCCUCAGUAUUAACUAAUCAGCUGGGACAAGAACAUAAUCAGUCAUUUAAAAUUUUCCAGCAGCACCAGGAUUGUUCGUGCUCAAUAUUGCUUCAAUGCAUGAGGUGAUCUUAGAUACCUGUUCCUGAAUGUCGUAUUGGGGCCUCCCUUCAUCACAAGGUAAAAGUUGAUCUCUUUUAAUAAUACCUGUCAUAUCUUUUAGCGUGGGGAGAGUCAUAACUAUUUUGGGCCAUACAAGGGGGAGGGUUACAUUUUUUUCUGCAGGAAAUUGGGGGAGGGCAUAAAAAAAAUUCACCUGGGAUAAAGAAUUGCACCAGCCCUGCCCCCACCCUCUAAUAAAUGACAGGUCCCUAAUUUACUUCAGGUCAUACUUCUUGUAGCUUGGUGAUCACUAUUACAAGCUCAAGUUUCUAAAAAAAAAAUGGUCCUGCAGAUUGUAUUAGUGUAGUGUCUCUUUAUAGUUCUGAUAUAGGACCUGGAGCCUACAGUGGCCGAUCGGAACCUUCAGAUAAGAAGAGGGGUGGGGCAGGGGGGGCGGGAGGAUUCUCACCAGACCUUAAGGUGGCGGGAAGGAACCACUCAUUCAGACCUUAAGGUACGGAGGAGCUCAAUCUAGAAAAGAAUUUUCUUGGCACUGUUGUCCUCAAUUUGAUCUAGAAUAUGGAGGGCAGGGGACCUCCCCUAGAUCUACUGCUGACCUCUGCCAGCCAGCCCAUGUUCACCUGCUAUCUUUUUACAUUUACUAGGAACUCUAGUAUCAAUCCAAAUUAUUUAUCCUAAAUAUUAGGAUUUUUGCAAAUUAUUUAUAGUUGCUUUUUUGCACUUGUAUUUUGUUUUGUUUUUUUUUUCAAAUCCUAGGAGCCUCAUUGUCACCAAAACUCUCUGCCUUCCAUACCCCUCUUAAACACUGAACUUUCUGACAACAGUCCUCAGCCAAGUGGUACCAUCAUGGUGUUAAAAACUGUGGAAAUGGGUCCUGGGAUGAAUUAUUUUUCUUUUUCUUCCCGCUUUCUCCACUCAAGGGGGGAGGGGGGGAAGGUGUUUUCCUUCCCCUCCCUGUGACCUAUUACCUAUUUCCUUGAUUGUCUUCUGAGCUCCUGAUGAGACAAGAUCUUCAGCAUUAAGCUGGUUAUGGGCUAUUUUUUGUUUUUCACUCAGUAUGGUGAGCUUAUCAUAAAUUUAAAAUGGAAUAAAAAUGAUCAUGCAGGUAUAUCCAUGUUGCAGCUGUAACAGGAGGACGAGUUGGAGGUCCGGAGGGUGUUGCAGUCAAAUGCUUGUGAGGAACAGAGAAACCAGUUGGAGAAAGAAAUGAAGAAAUAAAGAAAAUGGAAGAAGGCUUCAAGAGAAAUAGCAAAUAAAAUGAAAAAAAAAAAAAAAGAAAAAAAGAAAAAAGAAAACAGGAAAAAAAAAAUUUUUCAUUGAGGCCAAGCAGUUGGCUGCUCAGUUGCAUGUCUGGGUAGCUUGACCAUGUUUAAUAAAAUUCUCAAAACCACAAACAAACCACUCUAAGAAUUUGAUAAAAUGUGUAAAAAAAAUUGUUUAUUACUUUUAUAAAAAUAAAGUUGUUUGUUUACAAUUCUACAACCAUUUUUUCAUUUCUUCCUUUUCCCAUAAUUCUUUCCUCUGUUUUAUUUUCCUCGUACUCUUUCUCCACUUCCACAAUGUGCUUUUAUGUACCCUCUAUACCUGGGGUGGAAAGUCACCUGAAAAUUUGAAAUUAGCCAUGCAUUAAAUAAAGCUUCCAUUAUAAUCAUUCUUUCAGGAAACAAAGCUGCUACUUUGGAGGUACUUCUAAAAAGUACUGUGUUCCACAAUACAGUGCCUUGAUUCAGCAAAGAAGCCUUGACCCUUUUGUUUUAAAAGUUAAAGAUUUUCUUUUGGUAGCAGAGAAAGGUCCCCAGUUCAGUGCAUUACAAAUAAUUAUCACCUACAAAGUUAUCUAUCAUCUAAAUUAAAAAGGAACAACCAAAUCAUUUCCUUGUGAUACCUGCCUAAUAACAAAAUGCAAAACUAAAAUACUGAUAAAUAAAUAACAAUUAUUGAAGUAGGGUAUAUCCAGGCCGUUUUAGCUUAACAAAACAAAAACACAAGGUAAGUCAUUCUCAUUUCUAUUUUUGUCAAAAAAUGGAAUUUAGGACGUAUUUUGUUUAUUGUCAUACAUUCUCUUAUAAAUUCAAAGUCCAACAAACUCCUUCAGAGUUUGGCCUACCUGUGGAUGGGGCAACAUUUCAUGACAGGAUGGACAAUAAAGGGGCUGCAUUUUCAACACCUUCAAUGUGACUUGAAAUUACAAAGGUUCACAAAGCAGAUUCAGGAAUACAAAAUGACUAACUUGGAAUCACAUAGUUUACAUUUGCCAAAAGUAGCUAACAUUGGGCCUUCUGGUCAUAGAAAAGACUAUAAAAGGAUUUGGGUUCUGGUUGGCUUAUUGUGCCAGAUACCCAGCGCACCAAAAGGUUGACCCGAGUAUCCCACAGGUUGUGAGGGUCACUUUGGUUUUUAUAAUCUCAUAAAGUACCCAUUCUUCUCACACUAAACUAAACAGCAACUUACCACUUAAAAGUGAAAAAAAAAUCAACCAUAAUAUAUAAGAAAACAGAAAUAGUUUAUGUUGAGCCAUAAAUUCAACAACUGUCUGCUAUCCCUGGGGGGUACUCCCUUAUAUGGCCUACAUGGGGAUGUGCCGCUGGACAGGGUAUGGUUUUCGUCCUCUCUGUCCUGAACAGGGUAUAUAGUUUGGCACAAGUCUGUCCUAAACAGGGUAUACAAUUUCCUGCAAGUCUGCCCUAAACAGUGUGCAUGAUUUGUGCAAGUCUGUUGUAAUUAUAAACAGGGUGUUUCAUGCAUGAUCGAUUUCGUCUUAGUGCAAAUGUUUGCAGAUAUUUAGUACGUCAUCACCCAAAGCAUGUUAUUGUUCUUGGCACCCUGGUCUAAAUAAGGUAAGUACAAGUUGACAGGUGUGCUUGAUAACCUUGUCCCCAUCUGAGGGAGUUGUCUUAUCUGGGUACUAAAGUUGAGGGUGUUAUCCUAGACAGGGUAUGGGUUUCAAACCCUCAGCGGCUCACCUACACCCAAACAUUGGUCGAGUACCCCUCCCCCCCCCCCUACACCGGGCUGCUAUCUUAUAAGCAAGCUUCGAAUUAACUGAGCCAUAAUUACACAAUGGAUGACUGUAUUUGUACCCUCUUUGUAAACGUAACAAUCAUUUUUAUAUUGGGAAGUUCAGUAAUAAUAAUCCAGAUGGCCAAAACUUCCAUAUUUUGGCCAUUCUUAUUCUGAAGUAUCCACCUUAUUCUGAGCUAUCCAAAACAGAUACUUUGCUAUGAAUAAGCUUUACACGGCAGUCGUCUCCCACAAUUGGUAGUGGUACUGUAAUUAAACAGACAUUGUUUGUUGUUUUGCAGUUUGUUAAAGGGGUGCAUAUAAUGCUGUUUCCUCAAAAAGAAAAUUCUUACAAAGAACGUCAACAAAAACAACUAACCUCUAUGUAGGCUUUGAUCCAUAUUUUGGAGUAACCAUUCUCAUCUCAGCCUUCUUCAGUCUUUGUAUACUUAUCUCAAGAGUCGGAGCAAUUUGCCGAAAAAUAAUUUUAUUCAGUUCCAGUCUCCGAGCGGAUACCUGAUUUUGGAGUAUCCAUUCUAGUCACGACCCCUGUUUAAUGGGGUUAACCGGCAGCCAUCAAAAGGCCUAUAAUUUAACCGUCAGCCGUCAAAAAAGGUUAUAAAGUUUAAUUUUUACCGUCGACCGUCAAAAGUGCAAGUUUCAAAGUAUUUCAAAUCUCACUAUUUCAGGUGAUCUUUACGGACUUCUUCUAAUCUCUCAAAUGGAAAAACCAGUCAGGCCAGUUCCCAUGCAUGUUGACAGAAACGCCCUCUCUAGAUACAACAAGACCUUACAACUUGUUUAUAUCAGAAAAUAUUUCAAAAUUUUAAAGGCUAAGACAACUCCCAAAACACAACAGUUAAUAAUCAUUUGCACGAAAGUUAAUAUUUUCUUAAAACUCUUGGACUAAAUUUCCACUAUAAAAUAACUGUCAACCGCCAAGGCUACCACCCCUUUAAGACACUCUAAUUGAGCUUAUUUACUUAUAUCAGAGAUGUAAGCUGCUGAAAAUCGCUAUAUUUUUCUAUUAGACAGUAAUACUAAUUAGUCGACCUUGAGGGUCUUAACAUUUUACCCCAUAUAGUAUAUAAGCAGGUGAGUGUGAGUCGAAAGUAUAACUAGUCGUUCACUAGAGGGGGUACCCCCUUGUUGGGCCUAAACGGAAUUGCGCUGCUGAAAAGGGUGUGGUUUUGGUAACAGAGUCCGUCAGGAGCCCAUAACCCAGAGUCCGUUGUAUAGCCUUGAACAUGGGUUGAACGUUAGCGGUACACGGUCUACAUCAGUAGUUCCAACAAUCUGGUUUUAAAUCUGGCUCUAUAGUAGGAGUUUCAGAAAUGAAAUGAACAAGGUUCAUGAAAAAUAGUCUCUUGUCUUAAAAAAGGCAGCGAAAUGAAUGAAUUUUGUCUGCAACAGGGUAAGGGUUUGAAGGCCUCGAUGGCAAAUCCCUACCCAACGUGAUGUCUUAGUGCCCUUCCAGCGGUUUUUCGCAAGCUUUAAAGUUUGGUUUUGGCUGUGGCCGUGUAUAUUUUAUUGUGACAGAGGUCGUGUAUACACCUGAUUCGUUCUUUCCAGAAAGUUUACAGUAUCGAAGGCACAUCAGUGAUCCGUUUACAGAUUAUGACCGUAUAAAUCCUUGAAAACCAUGUCAUCGUUCGUGGUUUAUACUUUUUAAGCGACAACGUUUUUUUGAAUCAGGUAUAUUCUAGUUGCAGAGGCCGAGCUUUUUAAAGUCCUGAGACUGAGAAUUUCGCAGCUGUGAAGGCUACGCUCAUUCUGUUCCGACAACUCUGCCUUCUGUAUUGUGUGUAAGCUACUAUUCCUCUCAUCGAUCACUUGUAAUAAUGAUUUUAAAUUUCAGGAACAACGUGGGUACAAGAAAUUGUCUGGCAAAUCUACAAUGAAGGAGCUAUCAGCAGUGAAAAGCAAGGUUUGCGAGUGCCUUUUCUUGAAGUCACUGCAACCCACGAAAAGCUUGUAGAGCUAAUUGAUCUUAAAACUAUGCCAAGCCCACGUGUUAUGAAGACCCACCUUCCGUACAGUACUACCCCUAGAAGUGCAGAUAAAGAGACUAUGUCUAAAUACAUUUACAUUGCUCGAAACCCGAAGGAUGUAGCGGUGUCGUAUUAUCAUUUCGCGGAGCAUUUGAAAGCGUUUGGCUUUGGUUUCAACGGACCGUGGGAAUUUUUUGCCAAGUGUUUUAUUGAGGGAAAUGGUAAGUACUCAAAUCGUUAUAACCUGUACCACAGACGAAACUAAACCUUCGGUUAAGUCCGUGCUGCGAGCCAGCCUUUCGUACCAGAAUUUGAGUCUGACUCGUCCGCAGUCGUCUUACCUCGUAACGCGCACGGCGGGAGCAGAGAGCGCUUUCCUCCUUCUCAUCAUCACAUCCCGCGUGCCAGAGGUUGUGAGAGACGACUGGCGACGAAUCUAGCCUGUUCCAGGCUCUAAGACAGUAGGGAUGACGCAUAAGUGGAAGUUAUUUUCGUGUUCGUGCUUUCUCAGUUCUGCGGACCCGACUAUCUCUCAGCCUGGAACAGUCUGCGAUGAGUCAUGAUUUGAUAAUAGGCCCCAUGAUUGGCCUGUUAAAAUAGCCACUGUCGACAUGCCAAUCGGUUGAAAGCAAAUUCGCAAUACACUUCCGGCAAUUCGUUGAGUCCGUAUAUGGGGUCAAGAACAAAGAUGAGAAGGAUCGCAGAGCUGCUUCCCAGGCGUUGCUUGCGGGAGACAGUUUACGUAUUCUACGCAGGCUAUCAUAUCGUAGGAAAAGAACUUUCAUCGCACUGUAGACGGCAUUUGUUUUUUGUCACAGAAAUUAUACAUAAUUUAAGAACAUUUGAGACUAACUUUUUUAGCGACGAAUACCGGGAAAUUCAGGGGGCCAGUGUAAGAUUCUGGGAAUCUGCCUUCCUACCGCUCCCUUGACCCCAAGAUUUUGCCCAAGUAAGAACUUAUUAUUAGCGUUGAGUUCAGUAAGGAAGGGAUGGGUGAAUUGUCUCCCAUGCAACUUUGCUGUCCGUCUAAAACCCCAAAUCCAAUCCUUAACGUGAUCCUGAAAACCUGCUAGGAACUCUCUGUAUAGCUCCACCAUCCCUGGCCAGAGUGGGCCCUCAUCCAGUACGCUGUUCUUGUUAUGACCACUUGGGCAUUUCUAUUGGUUUAAUAUGGCAUUAGCAUAGCGGGUUGUUGUCUACUGCAUGGCUUGAGGGUUUAUGGUUUUCACAUCAAAUGUUCAUAAAUUUGAUCCUGUUGCCUCUUUCCUAGAGUAAUUUCCGUUGAUUUCUCUCAUUUGAAAUUUAACUUCCUCUUCCUUGUUAACUUCCUCUAUUGGAAGGGAAUUUUACCUUCAAUUCGUCAAAAUAUAUGUCCCGCAAGCGUUUGUUCUAUAUUAUAGCUUGUAUCGAGAGAAAGUCAAAGGCCUCGUCCACACUAAUGCGUUUUCGUUUGAAAACACAUUUCGAUGCGUCAAAGCCAUCCUUCCCCUUUCGGAGCGUUUACAUCGAAAACGCAUCGAUUUGAAAAGGCUCUUGAAAGGUGAUCAAAACGAAAACGCAUACAUAUCGUAUCAGUGUAGACGGCUGAAAACAAUCGAAAACGCAUCAAAAUGAAAACGGUGACCGAAAAUAUCAGAGGCGGGUAUGUUUGUAACAUGUGCGUAGAGUUCAACUUACGUCACAACGUGCAGUUCUAUCGUUUUCGAACAUUUUACUGUGAACAGUCCAAAACGCAUCAAGACGGUAGUGUGGACGCGAAUCGAUCGAUUUUUUUCGAUGGCAACGAAAACGCAUAGUUUGAAAACGCAUUAGUGUAAACAGGGCCAAAGUUUGUGUUUUGAUGUUUCAAUUUAGUUGGGUGGGACUUUUGGAAUGACCAUGUUCUUGACUGGUGGAACCAUAAAGAUGACCCUAAUGUCUUGUUUCUGAAGUAUGAAGACUUGCACAAGGUAAUUUUAUAUACCAGUGGAGUUCAGACAGCUUUUUAGCUCAAGGCACUCUUUGGCAUGGGUUGGACAAAUGUGCUGCCAAGUUGUCAAAAUUUGACCUUUCCUAAGUAAUUCAACACAUUCUAAACAAUUCUAGACCUUUCGUAAGUAAUUCCAGACAUUCUAGAAAAUGUCUAAAUCUUUCCUAAGCAAUUCCACACAUUCUAGAAAAUUUAAAGCAAGGCAAUUAGCUCGGUAAUUAUUAUUGGCCUGGACACAUGGAUAGCUUAUGUCGAAGGCCACAAAUAACCGUUUUAAAAAGUAAAGACGAAGGAGAUGUUGCAGCACCAUAUGUGCUUUAUAAUAUUAGUAGGAAAAACUCCUUAUUAUGCUGGCUGUGUUCUACAUGGUCUAAAAAUUAAAAUUUAAAACAGUGCAAUAACUUCUUCUAGGAUUUACCUUCUCAUGUUCGAAUGAUUGCUGAUUUUUUAAACAAGCCCUUAUCAGAUGAACUCAUCAAUCGCAUUGCCGACCAGUGUACUCUCAGUGGGAUGAAGAAAAAUAUUACAAGUUACACAUUUCACCCAGAACAAACUAACUCACCUCUGCUACGGAAGGGCUUGGUUGGGGAUUGGAAGAAUUACUUCACACCAGAGCUGAAUGAGAAAUUUGAAGAGCAAGUAUUGGCAAAACUGAAAGGCACUGGACUAGAGUUUGAUUUUGAGAUGUAAACUACAACUUUUAAUUUAUUCUUGUUUGAUUAUUAUCAGAUAAGUCAAGGAAAGGGGAUCACCGAAUACUUUUGUUCCCCUAAGUUUGGUGGGUGCAGAGGUAGUAAAGGGGGCUCGUGCGGGAAAAUGUUGAAUUUAUGAAAAGCAAGCUAGUAAACAAAGUAAAAAAUAAAAUCUGAGUGUCAUACUAUGCGGUUGUAGUUCACUAUCUAUUUCACGGUUAAUUGAAAUAACUCUAUGAACGAGAUAACGAAAUGAAUCC